AUGAUUAGUGCAUUAAAUAAUAGUAAUCUAAAUACUGGUUCUGAAAUUACUGAUACUACGAAUUCCGGAAAAGAGCAAGAGCUGAAUAAAAUUUCCUGUCAAAUUUUACAGCAGUGCGUCAAUUUACUUCUGUCGUUACCUUCUAAUGAGACUUAUACGUGGAAAAGUAAAUUUAUACCAACAAGUACAAUAGGGCGACAUGUAAGAAGUAUAGCUAAAGAAAAUAUUAUCAACGGCAGUGCCAGCACUGAUAUUGACAAUAGUGAUGUGAAAUGGACCGUCAAUUAUGAUGAUCGAAAAAGUCAAGUCACUGAAACAUCAUUUACAUUUGCAGUACAACAAAUUAUAGAAUUACAAAACAUAUUAUUAAACAGUUUUCAAAAUAAAUCUCUGUUAUUAGCACCGAUUCAAUUGGAAGCGAUUAUUGACUCUAAUCCUAAAGUGAAACCAAUGAAUUUUUCGACUACUUUUGGAAGAGAGUUGUGGUUUUGCUGUCUUCAUGCGAUCCAUCAUUACGCACUAAUCAGAGUGAUAUGUUGUGAACAAAAUAUUCCGUGUCCCGAUGAAUUUGGCGUUGCUCCUUCCACAUUAAAAAGAUUUCGUAGUCGUGAAGUUGGUGACGAUUAUACUAAUGAUAUUUCUUGA